AUGGCUGGGUUCGAGUUCAAGCCAGGCAGGGAGUACAGGGGCAUCAAGAGGCGAGCAAAGCCCGCGCCCCCCGCACCAGAGUUCUCCAGCGCCACGGACGCGAUCUCCGCGCCACCCAGCACGCCCGCCGCACCCGCUGCGCCACCCGCACUCUCUGCACCCAUCCCACAGCCCUCUGCGCUAACCUCGCCGCCUCCCGCUCCCUCUCCGCCCUCCCCGCCAACUUCCACUCCCACCUCGCCGCCUCAAUCAACUCCCCCAACCGAGCACUUCCCGGGAGGGUAUGCAUUCGUCGUUCUGCACAGCAACGACGAAGCUCUCGUGUGUUAUAACACGACUUAUGCUCCCCCGGAUGCUCACGUCAACGAGGACAGUGGCGGAGUCUUUACGGGCGAGGAUGGCUGGUGGAGCCACUAUGAGUGGUCGCUCAUGCCGACACUCUUCGAUCACGAGUCUCCGCACCUUGCUUUGUGCGAGGUCCACGAAGGCGAGGCGUUGGUCGGCAACGCCAUGUUCGGCGAGCUCACUUCGGCUCAUCUGGAGGCCCAGGAGGAGCCCAGGACGGCGUACACGAUGGCUGAGAAGGUGCACAAGUCCAUCGGCUUUCGCGUUCGGCAGCUUCGCAGGAUGUUCGACGUCGUUGCGUCCAUCUUCCGCUCCGCCUUCACCGACAAGAGCCAGAAACUCUUCGAGACGCUCGACGCUCAGACCCAAGCCCUUCUCCGCAAGGCCGUCAUUCCGACCGAGCAGGCGCUCUCCAUGACCCAGCUGUGGGGUGGGCUGCGCUGGUACGGGAUCGAGCACGCCGCGGACUGGAAGGCUUGCUGGCGGGCGUUCCACCGCGCCUUCUCCGACACCUCGGCGUUCGUCGACAUGUGCGCCGCCCUGCUGCCAGCUGGACUACCCUUUGGCGAUGCAGACCAAAUCCUGGGCAUGCUUCGCGAGCAGCGACAGGCUCAGGACCAGAAGCCUGGUGUAUCUCGGCGCGGCGUUAUCCUCGCCGGCACAGACAUACGUGACUACCACGCCAUCUACAUGCGCUUGAACGUACCAGUCUAUUGCCUGGUGCUGCAAUCGCAGCUCACCGUCGCUCGCGAACUUAUUCGGCCGGCAGGCUCCUUCCGCUGCAGCACAAAGUCGUGUGACGCAUCCGGCAAUAUCUCCGAGCGAGGCUUGCCCUCCAUCUGCUAUCCCCCUGCGGGUGUCGGCUGGGUUGAGUUUGAGCGCAUCGCUCGCGGAAUUCUCGCACGGCGGCGCGAGGCGGCGCUGAAAACGGCUGAGCUAGAGCUCGCCAACCAGAAGAAGCGGAAACGCCAGGAGCUUGUUGCCGCCAUGCGUCAAGACAAACGCGAGCAGGAGUUCCGGGAGGCGCACCCGGCGAUGACAAUAUCCGCCGAGAUCUACAAGGCCGUCGCCUGGUACUCUCCCGCCCUACGCUCUUACUUCGACCGGCAGCGGAAGGGUAAGGAGACGCAGCACCGCUUCGCUCCCUCCAAACUUGCUGCCUUCGUUGAGGGUGUCCGGCGCGCAAUGGAGACCCCGCAGACCGCGCAGCACACUGGGCCGCGGAGCAUGUUCUUCCCGACAGUCGAGCAAUUCCUGUCAGUCAACCGCUUACGCUUAGCGCGUAUGCUCACGAUGUUCGUGUGGCUGCUGCCCACAUUCCACGCACGCGUGGUGCUCGCGCGUACCGAACCUCAGCAAGUGCGCCGGUGGGGCACCAAAGACAUCAAAGGGAUCCUCGGUGGCGAGCAUUUCGUGCCGAGCUACAUCAAGAACAAGUACGAAUCUUUCUGGAGCAAUCCGAACGAGUUUUGGCAGCAUGGCGGCGCAGAUCUCUGGGGUCAGGAGGAGGCCAAGCGCCUCAAACAGCCAGGCGCUCUUCCUCAGCUGGGCAGGCUACCUUGCGGACACGAGGCGACCGUCGACUACAUAUUCAAGAACGACGCAGUAGCGGAGAGUUUGCUCGUGUCGAUCGGGCAGCUGGACGCGCUCUAUUCCCUUGUGCGAAUGGCCAAGCCGACAUCUCUCAAGCAGGCUGGGCUUCCGCUCGUCGAGGAGCCUCGACAGGCCAUAUACGCAAACGGCUACGACGCUAGCCGCGUGGCCAAGAAGCACGUCGGAAAGGCCGGCCUUGCGAACACCGCCGCGGCAGACUUGUCUGACAUGCGCAAGGGCAGGAACGCGCCCGAUCCCUUCCAGCACCGCACGCCCUCGAUUGCGGAGUUCAAUCGGGCGACGAGUAAUACGGUGCUGGGACUGAUUCGACGCAUCGUUAUGCACAAGGGCUUCAUCGCGCCAUCUGGAUGGCCGACGCUGUGGGACGCAGGAACGAGCAUGGAGAAGGAGCGCAGGGCAUGGCUCUUCGACUUCAAGAUCUUCUUGAUCCAGCAUGCCGUGUAUGGCGAAAAGAUCGACGAGGAGAUGCAGAAGACUUCCGUCCACAGCUGGCUGUCGACGAACGAGCUCCGGGCAAAGUGGCAUCCGCCAUCGCUCAACGCUGGGAAGCAGAGCGAGCUCGAGGAGCACCUGUUCUGGCGCUACUCCCUCACGGCGAUGAACUGCGGUCUCCCGCCGCCUGCUUUUUAUCACGAGCAUCAUUCGGGCGAGCCCGCCAAGUGUGCGCUGUGCAAUGCACCGCCAACAGUUCCCGACGGCGCUUACAUGGACCACGACUUGGACAACGAGGACGAGGACUGGGAGUACCCGAGGGGCUGGAACGAGCAAUAG